GCACGAGGCGCAACAAACCUUCGUAUCUCAUCGCUCAAGGCACAAUAACAAAGCCGUCGGUGCAAGCUCUGCUCUCUGGUAGAGCAGCUCACCUAUGAAUUGGUAGUGUCCUCGGCAAGUGAACCAUCCAGCUUAGCACAUACACCCUACAUACACUCUGAACCCAGAAAGACCAUAGCAAUGGCCAGCUCAAGUACACCGUACUACGUCCACGAUGACCCCCGUGACGACGAGUCGAUUCUGGAUGAUGGAGUGAUUGAGGCCGAUGAAGCAAUUGAGGCCGACGACCCUCUCCACGAGACAGACCGAACCCCCCUCCGCGGUAACAUCGAACCAGACUCGUCGACUUCGCGCGGCGGCAAUGGCACCAGUGGCAUUUCCGGCGGCUAUCUGACCUCCCGCAUUCCUGGCGAAGACCGCCGCGCACCUCAGAACACCAUCGACGAGAGUGUAUGGCAGACGCUUUCGCGCGAUCUCCUCGCCGUGUGGGAGAAGAUGCGCCAGGUCCUCUACCCCAAGUACCUGGUCGGCGGUAUGUUGCAGCGCGGUGGGGGCGGUAUUGGGGCCGCGGAGCGCGGGGAAGCGUCAGGUUUCGGAGGCGGCGUGAGGAAUUUACUUGGGCGCUGGCCCGAUGCUGACGUUGUGUUGCAGGGAGGGAUGAGCGAGGGGCUAAGAGAUUGGGAUUUAUGGGGCCCGCUUAUUUUCUGCCUGCUGCUGAGUAUGUUCCUCUCUAUGGCGAAGGGGGAUCAGUCGGAUUUGGUCUUCUCUGGGGUGUUUUCCCUCGUCUGGGUCGGGGAGGCUGUUGUAACAUUGCAAAUUAAGUUGUUGGGUGGGAAUAUUUCGUUCUUUCAGUCUAUCUGUAUCAUCGGUUACACGCUCUUCCCUCUUGUUAUCGCUGCGCUUCUCAGCGCAUUCGGCCUGCCCACGAUCGUCCGGAUACCGGUCUACCUGGUCUUGAUUGCUUGGUCUCUGGCCGCAGGAGUGAGUAUUCUAGGGGGCUCUGGUGUCGUGCGGAACCGGGUCGGUAUCGCGGUAUAUCCGCUGUUUGUCUUUUAUAUUGCGAUCGGUUGUCUUUGCUUUAUCAGUUAAGCAAGCAACGAGAAUGUCCUGCACUGUGCAAGAAAACCACACGUGCUCUGAAGCUCCAAAUAAUAGAGAAGCAUGCGCGGAUACCACCAGGACAGGGUGAUUGAUUGAUUUGAUUUGGUAUAUUUCAAUGCGAUUCAGCUUCUUCUUUUGUUCCUUUGUCAUAUUGCAUUAUGUAGAUACUAGAUUCUUGUGCCACUGCAUGCUAUUCAAUGAGACA